AUGCCUCCCCUCGUCGUUCCAGAACACAUGUCUACCCCUGCAAAGGUCAACGCUGGAUCCUCCAGAAGCAGCGCUGGAGGCGCGGGUGAUUUCAGCAGUAGUCCCACCUCUUCUUACUCUCCACUAAGUGGAGGAGCUUCGUCUCGAUCAUUCGGAGGCGCUGGCUGGGGUCUCGGUCUGUCUUCGCCAGCUGGGCAUAGUCAGCGCAAUACUCGGGGUUCGGUGGACGCCGGAAUGCACAGUGCAACACCGCUGCCUGCGAGCGAAUCUAGUAUUUUCGAACGGGAUAUCGAACAUCGAGAUGCCAGGCAUGUACUGAGCAAGAGCGAAGCAGUGGACGUAGCCAUUCCUCCUGUCCUGGACGACGCUGUAGAGGCUAUCAUUGAAGGAGGAGACCAGCCGCUUGAAAUUGUUGCGCCUCUGCCUUCGGUAUCCGCUACCCCUCACGCUCUCUCUGCGCUAGCAUUGUCAGCCCAUUCUCUCGCGUCCUCGACGUCCUCGGGUGGGCCUAAUGCAAACAGCCCGAUGAUUGCAACGUCCUCCCCAAGAUCUGCUUCAAGCGCUCUACAAGCUGGACCUGCCGCAAUGGCAGCAGAUGAGCCCCCGCUGGGAAGCAUUGCGGCCCAGAUUGCUGAGCGCCUGGGUACUCCGCGCGGCCAUACAGGCGACGCAACCUCCACCGCCCCGGCAUCGGCAGCCGCUACAGCUGGGGACCAUCUCAACGAGCGACGCUCGAGAGGCAUCCACAGCAUGUCCUCUACAGCCUCUUCCACCGGCGAUGCAGGGAAAUCUCGCUCUCCAGGACCAAACGCGGCAUCCGUGCAGCAGAUCCUGGAAGGCGCUUCGGUUGUUCCUGGAAGUCCACUAGCUGGAAGAAGCCUGUUCAGUCAUACCCCCCGCGACCGCAGCCCAGCACCACAGCUAGCCGUUCAUAGCAGGGGCGCUCACACUGUCGCGACGACCUCUCAUAGUCGCAACGGAUCGUUGUCGCAACAGGGUACGUCAGCCGCAAUUGGAGCCACGCCUCCAGCCACGUCUCUGCCUUCCCUCCCACUGCCUAAUCCUUUCCGGUCCGAUUCACCUUCGGUCGUGAAGCAUGCUCAACAGCCUUCGGCCGGAUCUGCUCUGGGCUUCAUGGAAUCAGGAAGCGCAACUCCAGCUCCGGUCACGAUGUCUCUUGAUGGAGCCAUCAUCCCUUCUUCCGAGUCUGCUAUUCAUGAGAUGUCCUUGGAUGCCAUGGCAGAUGCAUUGGCCGACGCAAGCAGCGACGGUGAGAUCUCACCAAGUCCCAUUGUGCCUCGCAAGGCCAGCGUGGUAGCGGCGUCGCUGCCACCGCCAUCUCUGGCUUUCCUCAGGAGGGACACGAACGCGACAAUCACUGCUGCCAACGCCGCCUCAUUUUCGGACGGAGGAGGCAGGUCUGCAAGUGGAGUUUUCGGAGCGCAAGGUGAAGACGACCUCGAUAUGCCCGGUGGCUUUCCCGGCGGUACGCCCACCAAGUCCACAGCGAGCCCCGAAACGCGUCGCCUGUCCUUCUUCUCGUAUGCCGACAUUAUCAACGAUACGCCAGCCGAGCUGGUUGAUUUUGAGGAAGUCGUAUCGAGGGAGAUGGCGUCUGGCUUUUCAGACGAUGCGCAUCUCUCCUCGGGUAGCGGGGCUGGCGGCGGGAGCAAGAUCGCUCGGAGCCCACGAGCUUCCUUCGGUGGUGCAGGGCUCGCGAAGCCCUUUCCCGCCCCAGAUGACUCUGCCGCGAUGAGCGGAGACCAGUCGUUGAGCAUGACUGGAAGUCCGUCUAUGCUAGGCAAGAGGCUGAUGGGGCAGAAUGCGGCCUUCUAG